AUGAAGCUUUCAAUUGGUGUUUUAAUUGCUGGGUUAGCGUCUCUAGCAACUGCUGAAGUUAUCGACUUGACAAGCGAUAACUUUGAUCAAGUUGUCUACGAGAGUGGAAAGGACACACUUGUCGAGUUCUACGCCAGCUGGUGUGGUCACUGUAAGAGUCUGGCACCGAAGUAUGAGAAGCUGGGUGAAACUUACCAAAACUCUGACGUCCAGAUUGCCAAAAUUGAGUGUGAAGCGAAUAGAGUCAUUUGUUCUCAAUUUGGCAUCCAAGGGUUCCCUACUCUGAAGCUGUUUAGAAAGGACUUGAGUGACCCUGUUGACUAUUCAGGAGACAGAGAGCACGAUGCGCUUGUGAAGUUCAUCGGCGAAAACACCCACGAAUAUGUCUACAUCCCUGAGAUCAAGAGCGAUAUCGUCCAAGUGUCCGAUUUGGACUUUGACGAAGUGUUGUUACAGAGUGGUAAGGACGUUUACGUUGUGUUUACAGCGUCCUGGUGUGGACACUGUAAGAACUUACACCCUGAGUGGGAGAAGUUGGCUACCAUUUUCAAAGAUGAUGAUGACAUUAUCAUUGCCGAGGUGUCCACCACUGACGGUCCAGCAAAGGAGCUUCAGGCGAGAUACGAGGUUCCAGGUUUCCCAACCAUUCUUACUUUCAAGAAGAACAACCCGGAGGUCAUUCCAUUUGGCAGUUAUAGAAGUAUUGACGGGCUGGUUAACUGGGUCAACGAAGUCUCCGGUACACACAGAACCGUUGAUGGUACUCUUGAUGAGCAAGCUGGUCGUUUUGACAAACUGGAUGCAAAGGUGAAGGAGCUGUUGCAACUGGAGGGUGAAGAACAGCAAGCUGCAAUCAAGUCUGUUGUUGAUUCCUUGGAAGCAGGCCAAGAGUACUAUAAGAAGCUCUUGAACAAGUUGCUCAAUGGUGAGGAGGCCUUCUUUUCAAAGGAAUUCACAAGAUUGGAGAAGAUGUUUGCCAAACGUGACAGUUUAGCCAAACAACAAGUUGAUUCCCUUAGAAAGAGAUUGAACGUGUUGAGCGUGUUCGUUGAAUAG